GCCCUCCGAUCGUAGCGCUUCAAACAACAGCCUACAUUUCAAGAUCUGAACACUACAGAAUGGCACCAGACAAGAAAGAUAAGAAGCGCAAGGCUGUGAACGCCGCUGCCGCCGACUCGCCCGCAAAGAAGACCAAGAAGGUCGAAGCGAAAGCCGCUCAAUCCCCCAAGCCGAUACUCAAGAAGGCCAAGAAAACUGAGGCACCUGCUAAGGUGGAAUCUGCUUCAGAGUUGAAGGUCAAUGGCAAGCCCGCUAGACAAGUCAAGCCCCGAAAGCGUGCUGCCGAUUUUCUCAGCGACAACGAGGAAAGUGAGCCAGAGACAGAGGCUGUUGAAGUCAAGGCCAACAAGGAGAAGCCCAGUACCAAGAAAUCGAAGAAAUCAGACGGAACCGCUGCCCCUGCCACGAAAGGAAAGAACACCAAGUCCGAAUCCAAAGCGAACGUCAACCCCAAGAAGGCUGAGCCUGUUGUGGAAGAAGACUAUGAGGAUGAGGACGACUCUGCUGCUUCGGAUGCCAGCCAAAAUGAGGCUGAAGAGGACGACCGCACAGCUGCCUUGAUUAGUGGCUUUGAAAGCAGCGGUGACGAGGGUGAGUCCGACGACGAGGGCUCUAAGCCCAUCCAUAGGGGUCCCGAUUUGAAUGCGGCGCAGCGCAAGAUCGCAAAGAAACUCAAGGAGAACACCGGCCGGCCAGAGGAACCCGGCACGAUCUAUGUUGGACGGAUUCCUCAUGGUUUCUACGAAAACCAAAUGCGCUCCUACUUCGCCCAGUUCGGUGAGGUCACCCGCGUUCGUCUUUCUCGUAACCGCAAAACCGGUCAAUCUAAGCACUACGCCUUCGUCGAAUUUGCUUCGACAGAUGUGGCUAAGAUUACUGCGGCCGCGAAUGACAACUACCUGUUUUACGGUCACAUUUUGAAAUGUAAAUAUGUGGCCCCGGAGCGCCUACACCCUGAAAUAUGGAAGGGUGCGAACAGGCGAUUCAAGAAGACUCCGUGGAACCGGAUUGAAAAGAGACGUCUCGACCAGGGCAAGACGAGAGAAAAGUGGACGGAACGCAUUGAAAAGGAACAGCAGAAACGAGCGGCCAAGGCGGAGCAGCUUAAGAGCAUUUUGGGCUACGAUUUGGAGCUACCACAAUUGAAGAGCGUGGACGAGGUUCCGGUUCCGGAGAACAAGACCAUCGAGGCAACCGAGCCGGCAGCCGAGGAAUCCGCCAAGGCUAUCGAGGCCCCUAAGGCCAAGGAGGUCGAAGUAGAGAAGCCUGCUGAAGAUACCCCCAAGAAAGUUAACAAGAAGAAAAAUACGGCUCAGUCCCCUGCUGUGCAAGAGACAGCCAAAUCUGCCACGAAGAAGACUGAAGUCGCGGCCUCACCCGCCAGCAAGAAGGUGAAGAAGGCCGGCAAGAAGGCCAAGGGCAAGGCCACUGCUUGAUUGUUGGAUUUUAAUCAAAAUGUUCCUGUUUUUCCUCCUAUCGCAUAAAAGAUCUCUCGGAGUUGAAUCAAUUUCUCAUGUACAUGAUUCUUGCAUUGUUCAUUGUGUAUGAUAUAGAGG